AUGAGAUUCUCCCUGGCCGCUGCCCUGGCUCUGCCCGCCGCCCAGAUGGGCCUGGCUGCUCCCGUGCCGCAGUUCCCCGGCCUGCCGUUCGGCGGCGGCCUCCCCGGCCUGGCGCCGUCCCCGGGCACCAACUCCGGGCUUGCAUCUACCGGAUCUGCCACGUCUGCUCCGGGCUCGUGCCCCGGUGCCGGCAAUCUCGGCUUAGAGCUCGCCACCGACCACAUCAAGUACACGGCGAACCCGCAGAGCGCUCUCGAGCCCAUCCCCUGCGACAAUAGCGUGAUUCGCGACAGUCACCGGUCAGCUCACGCCUUGCUUGCCGGGCCCGCCUGA